AUGAAGCCAAGCUUAUGCUGUACGUACUGCACCCUGUUCCUGGUGUUUCUGGUGUCCAGUUGCACGCUCUUCAUCAUAGUUGCCUCAGAUGCCCUGAAGCCAACGAUCGACAAAUCAGAGCGACAACACGACUUGCACAGUCAUUCGCAGGAUGCUAGAACGGGGUCAAAUCCGGGGGAUCCCGUAGCCGGUACAAAUGCCGUCGUAAACGUAGCCAGCUUCACCGAGACAUCCUCUGAGGUGGCCGGACGGAAAGCAGCGUUGCGCGGAAAGCCAAAUUCGGUGCUGCAUAGUGAAUCGUCUAUGGUGCAUUCAAAUGCCAAAAUUACCAAACCCCUGAAGCGUCCCUCUCACGGUAGAAGGGAGAAAAAUACGCUCAAGAAGAAUAUUCUCAUCGAAAAACCGAACCUGCACGGCGAGCCUCCGGAUCUGAAGGAUGUUAUCUUUUUGGAGACCAUCUCGAAGAAUGUAGGAAUCACGAACAGUGGGUUACAAGACAUUCCAGGGCCACAAUCGGUAGUUACGUUGGUCGACCAUCAGCGUCGCGAGCUGAGCAAUAUCGAAAACAAACUGGAGGAGAAUCUGGAGGCCACACUCAAAAACUUGUCUCACAACAUUCACACCGUUCCAGUGCAACAGACUGUCGUUCCGGUGCUGCAGCACGGUGAAACGGAACAGCGGGAACUUCCAACCGAUGCCAGUAAUCGAACACUCGAACAGGCGAACGGGACCGAAUUUUUUACGGAAACAUCCGAUGGCGACGGUAGUACUCGAACACCGGAGCAACCCAGUUUGGUGUUAGUUCCCGUCGAUGGUGGAACGCAUGUACCUUUCGUUCAAGACGCCUUUCAUGAGGAUGUGGCGUCGGAUGGCGAACAAGUCCUACCGGACGCUGAUAGUCCCGAGAUGGGUGAAGCUGGAGGUGCAGCUCUUAAAGCCCACGAGGUGAAUCUCACCGAGGAAAACCCCAUGCCAGUGUUUAGCGAGUGGGCCGAAAAGCAGAUGGCCGAGGCGGAAAAGAAGAAACAGCUUGGGGAGGUGGUAAAUGCUUCGUUGAUGAGGAAGGGUACAAAACCGACCGGCAGCAAGACCGGUGGCCCGUUGAAGCCUCGAGCAAAAAAUUAUGCCGCUCCUGAGUGUGGGGCGAAGAUUAUAGCGUCGAACCCGGAGGCGCAAAGUACGGGCUCGGUGCUGACGGCCCCGAAGGACGAAUACCUUCUGAAUCCGUGCACGAGCAAAAUCUGGUUCGUGGUGGAACUCUGUGAACCGGUGCAAGCGGAGCGCAUCGAGUUGGCAAAUUUCGAGCUGUUUUCGUCCUCGCCGAAGGACUUUAGUGUGUCGGUAAGCAAUCGGUUUCCGACACGCGACUGGGCCAACGUGGGUCAGUUUACGGCCAAAGAUGAGCGCGACGUGCAGAGCUUCCAACUGCAUCCCCAUCUGUUCGGAAAGUUUGUACGAGUCGAGAUUCUGUCGCACUACAAUCAGGAGCAUUUUUGUCCCGUCUCACUAUUCCGCGUGUACGGUACAUCGGAGUUUGAGGCGUUCGAAACCGAUAACACUCCGAUGGUACCGGAUGAUGACGACGAACAGGGCGAUGAAUUCAUUGAAACGGCGGAUGUGGCUGAAGAUGAUCCCCUUCCGGCAGACGGACAAGCGGGGGCUCCUACGGUUCCGAAUGCCAAUCAUGACGAACGAAAUGUCGAAACAGGAACACAACCGUCGGGAACCGAAAGACAACGAACUGCAACAUCCGACAAACACGAUAAGGACACCAACAGGAAAGGAAAGCCAAGCAACCCAAACAACAUUCUAAAAUCUGCCGGCGAAGUUGUGUUGAACAUGGUAAAGAAAGCGGCCGAAGUGCUCGGUAAAUCGGGCCCCGAAACCAAUGCUUCCUCGAACCCAGGUUCAGCGGGCACGGUACGGGAAGUCGUCCUCCCAACAGCACCGACCAAUUGCAUUACCCUAGCUUAUACGAUACGUUGCGUUAACUGUAGCGACCAUUUUCGGACUCGACUCGAGUCCACGAUGAAUUGCAAACACAAUCUUCUGACUAGUCUGCUAGGUGUGGCGUCAAUCGGACACUCGUUCGAUCGAGCGCAGCAUUUUCUAUGUGCCAACGUGUUAGGAUUUAACUUACCACCAGCGGAGGGAUUCGGAACCGAGGAGGAGGUAUGUGUAAACAUGAGCCACAGCGUUUUAAAUCUGCUUUUGGACGAGCUGGUGGCCAGUUUCUGCAAUAUAGUGGCGUUCGAUCGCAAACUGCUACCAGUCAUCAGUAGCGUACUAAGUUCUGCAAUGGAUGCCGUCGAAGAAGAUCCUCCGAAGGAUCGCGCCGUGGCUGGAGACAACCCGUACAGCGAUGCCAGUAGUUCGUUGAAAGGGGAUUUGGAAAAGGGAGAAAGUCCACUUCACCAGCAGCACCAUCCGUCAGCUGGCAGUGGCAUCGAGCAGCCGGUGGUAGAAAAGCACGAACCAAUCAUCGAAGAUCAGGAACGACGAGUCUCGGACUGCGGGGAACCUAAAGUAUCGUCAUACGAAGAGCCCGAGAAAGAUGAUGUGAAUAUGUUUAACAUCGCGUCGGAAACACCUAAAGUCUCUUCCGGCGACGAAAGACAAUCUAGUACGGGUGAGGGAGAUGCCGGGCUACCAGUGGACGGACAGCAGAAGCAACAGCAGCAGGAAAAGGAGGAAGCUGGCACGACUCAGACCUGGGAAACGGGGAUGGAUGAUGGUGCAAUAGAGACGGGUCCAUCAGGGAGUGGAAAGGAGGGAACACUCGAAGGAACUUUCAACUUGCCCGCGACAGUCGCACCCACGGGUCCGGCAAAAGUGCAACCAGAAAGCGUUUUCCUACGGCUUUCGAAUCGUAUUAAGGCUCUCGAGCGAAAUAUGAGCCUGUCGGGCCAAUACCUGGAGGAACUAAGCCGACGCUAUCGGAAACAGGUAGAGGAGUUGCAACAUUCGUACGCCAAAACAUUGCACGAAAUUGAGGAACAGACUCGCCGUGCCCGCGAAAGUGAGGCAAGCCUUCGUGAGGUGAACAAUCAGUUGCGACAAGAUUUGGCCAAUUUCCGCUCUACGGUAAUCGAUUGGCGCAAUGUAGCAUUUGCGGUCACCGUUGCCAUCAUGGUGAUGCUGUUGGCACUGCUUGCUCUGGUGCGCUCAUUGAUCGUUAACGGGCAUGGUCGGAUGACUAUCCCACAACCGGCACCGAUUCCACAAAGUGUACUUGACCGUGAGCUGGCUCAGGUUGGACUAGACGCUAAACCAAUUCGUGGACGGAUGCUACGAAGAAAAUCCAUCGAUGGGAUGCCCGUUGCCAGCAGCAACUGUGUUGUUGGUGGUGGUUCCGGAAGUGGUUCCGGUGUCAUACUGAUCAACGAUGAAUCACUACUGGGAAGUACAACGCGGUCACCCACCCGGUUGCGGCAGAAGCGUCCGAGUGAAGAAGCGCUCAACAUCAGCGGAACGUACGUUAAUUUGCUGAUAGACGACGAUGUCGAGAAGCCACUAGGACAGCGUUCAUCUGCCAACAUGCUGCUUGCUAAUGCUCCGACCGGCGAACGGAAGAAAGGAAAACAUAAGCAUCGUAAAGUGUCUGCUCCGUCAAUGAUGACAGGCUCCUCGACACCGGUGAGCGGUAGUGAUGGCAACUUUCGACACGAACCUCCGCGACGUUCCAUUUCGAUGUUAGAGCCACAUGAGCGCGGGGAUCACGCCAGGACGUCGGCUAACGGUGGUGGCACUAGAGAACCGCCAGAGGUGGACGGUAAUCGUAUCGAAGAGUUACCAUUGCUGGAGGAUAACGACGAGUUUAUCAUUCCUACCGCGAGUGAUCUUUCGUACGAUGAGUUCAUGCCCGGCGCUCUGUGCAAAGCGGAUGCAGUGGACAAUGAAAGUAAAGUCGAGGAUGGUGCGGUGGUGGUGGAAAUAGCAGAUCUUAGCGAACAUCCGAUGAGCGCUUUGGAAGCAAAGAAACUGUCCAAAACACGUCGCUUGUCCUCCCCAGCAUUCUUCAAAACGUCUAUAUUGCGUGCGAGUAUAGGGAAAAAGCGUUCCUCAAAAACAUCAUCCGUCUCGUCAUCGUCGGAAGACGGUCGGCGGUCGUCAAAAAAGUCGACCAACAGCAGUCACAGCGCCGGAAGCAGUAGCCACACUAGUAGCAGUAGCAAUAGUAGCAACAUAAGCAGCAACAACACAACCGCCAGUUCCGAAGAAUCUGCAAUGAAGCAAGCGUCGGAAGGGCUGUUGGAGAAAGGCGGAAAGUCGAACGGUAACGGGAUUAGCAGCGGUGGCUGGGAGUGGUAUCGAUUGAAGCAAAAGAAAAACGGUAUUAGUCCACCGUCCUCUAGUCAAGAUGCGCCCACCAGUAGUGGCGAGCCGGGACGGUUGAAAGGAAGAGCAGAAAGUCUCGACGAAAGUGUAUACAACGGAUCGUCAGCGACGGAUUCGAGAAAGCUUUCGGUGUCGUUCAAUGGCGAGCUACCGCCCGUAAAUGGUGGGGGUUUGGAAAGGAAAGCAAGUGGAAGCAGGGGCAGCAUACGACGACUUUUUCGAAGGGUGUUCUAGUGCGGCAGGUUUGAAUGACCUACAUGGCCCAACACGCGGAAGAACUAGAUUCAUAAAGAACGAUAUUAAAAUUUAUGAUAGACUGAUGACCAUCUAAGCGAAACAAAGCUUGUAGCUUGGGGGUGCAAAACGUAUGUAAUACAUCGUAACGAUCUACAUUUCAUGUACACAACAGCACUAUCGGCGACCGUCGUCCGUCGUUUCGAGGAUGUUGUUCGACUUUUCAAUGUCUCUGUUGUAGAAUUUCCAAUCUGUAGUUGGUGGUCUGUUAUCAAGCACAGGUAGAAUUUCUCUGCUGCUGCGUCAUUGUUCCUUUCUUUGGUCACUAAAAUUGGUAACGAAUCAGCGCAUUUAGUAGGUCAAACUAAAGCUAAAAUGAAUAUUUAAAAAAAGUACGAAUAUCUAAUUGCUUAGUAUCGUAGUAGCCUUGGCUAUAGAUGGAAUCCUAUUUGAUUUGCUCUUAGAAGCGUUAGUGAUCAGUGCGGUUUGAUAGCUUCAACUUUGCGGUGUUUUUAUUUGUACAAACUUUUUGGUCGACGACGCGAUCUUGCAGUAAGCUCGAACCUGAAUAGUUUUCUAACGACCACCAGAAACGUUUAAACCAAACGUCUUCUAUAAAUGUAGGUGUGCCUCACAACCGUUGUGUAUUCUGUUCGUCAAACGAAGUUAAAUGUUGUCGCAUGCGAUGGUUUUAGAAAAACAAAGUAGGCCAGUAGGGGAAAUAAAGAAACAGAGACACGAUUCUGCACAUCGUUAAAUCACAUAAGGAGCGAAAUACCCUCGAAAUUAUACAUUAUGUAUCAAAAGACGCACACCAGAAGCGAACGAGAUGAUGGUUCGCGGUGUAGUUAUACGUUGGUUUUACAUGUUUCCUGUUGCUUGUUUCAUUUCGGAAAACCAAAAAUUAGCCAUAAAAUACGAAAUACCUAGUGACAUUCGGCUAGGUGAUGAGUAGUAAUGGGAUUUGAAAAUGAAAAAUUAUCGCAGAACAUUGUUGUUCCUGUUGUUUGUUAUGCUAUGUAGUGGAAAUUAACUUAAAUAAAACCAGAACCAGAAUCCAUAAUAUAUCAAAAUACGCAUCCACACUGCAACACUAAGUUUGGCUAUGAUUGUGCUUAACAUAGUGAACAUGAACACACAAAAGAGAACUCAGAACUGACCAGACACCACGAAAGUAAUACAUGAAAGAGACGCUCCUUUUCACACGCAAGACGAUGGCCAACACGGAGGGGAAAAUUAAUGUAGUGGAAGGUGAAAUAAAUUAUUCUGUUAAUCAAUAGUGA